AUGCUUCACACUCUCUAUGGCCAGAGUUUGAAGCAUGGUGUGCAAUUCUUCAUCGAGUACUUCGCCUUGGAUCUGAUGAUGGAAGAUGGUAAAUGUGUCGGGAUUACGGCCCUGAACAUGGAAGACGGGACAUGUCAUCGUAUGUUUGCGAGGAACACUGUUCUGGCAACUGGCGGCUAUGGCAGAGUAUACUUCUCCGCAACGAGUGCCCACACGAGCACUGGUGACGGUAAUGCCAUGGUUGCUAGGGCCGGCCUGCCCCUUCAGGACAUGGAAUUUGUCCUCAUCACAGAAGGAGCGCGUGGCGAGGGAGGCUACCUUCUCAAUCGGGAAGGUGAACGUUUCAUGGAGCGGUACGCACCAACAGCGAAAGACCUUGCAAGCCGAGACGUUGUUUCACGCAGCAUGAACUUGGAGAUAAUGCAAGGACGAGGCUGUGGACCCGAAAAAGACCAUAUCUACCUGCAGCUCUCUCACAUACCGAAAGAUAUCAUCAUGGAGCGACUACCAGGUAUCGCUGAAACUGCGGCGAUCUUUGCCGGCAUAAAUAUUACGAAAGAGCCUAUCCCUGUUCUACCGACAGUGCAUUACUGCAUGGGUGGAGUGCCGACCAAUUUCAAGGGACAAGUUCUGAACGUACGAAACGGGAAGGAGACAGUGGUGGAUGGACUGCUCGAAGUAUUGCUGCCGCGACGGCGGAUUUAUUUCCGUGUCGGGAAAAAAUACCGGAAGAAGAAACAGAUCGAAAGGGAAUGGCAUGCGUUGAACGCUACGCAUAGGGCCGUAUUCAUGUUUCAAUAUGCUAAAGAGAUGGAGUGUGGUGUAACAGAAAAGGCUGUAACUGAAAGCGUGUCGGUUGACGAUGAUAAUGGUGAUGACGGGGAGUGGAUGGUUGUGGAUCACAUUGACCCCUCGAGCAUGCUUCUUGGAAGCCUCGACGCCGAGACCUUCAAAGCGGACACCAGCUUCGACAUUACUUUGGAGAAUGCACAUGCCGCAGCAAAGCUCGAACGAAGGCUCAAGCCACGUGUGACGCAUGAAGUUUACGGGUUUGCGGUCAUCGAGCAAGGACCAGUAUGGGGACAGUUCGAGCUACCAUUACAUGUUGAUCCAAAUCGCGAGCUUCGAUUCAGCGCCCCUCGAGGCGACAUCAAGAAGCAAUUCUCCGCUUGUUCUGCUAUCGGGGCUCGCAAACCCAACGCUUCCAACGCUGGCUUGUACGACAACAACCAAGAGUCUAUGGGCAAUGUGGGUUCCGUUCAGGCUCUGGCAACAUCUGUGGUUUCUUGGGUGCAAGGAACGGCGGCAGUCGGUAGCGCUACAAUUAUCAGACCGCCUUCAUUGUACUUCAUGAAGCGUGCAAGCUCGAUGGCCAUAACCGCGUUCGCGAACAAUGCCGCGACUGCUACGGACAUUAUAUUGCAGGCUGCUGGUGUUCGUGAUGAGGAUGCCAACUCGGAUUCAGAUGAUGACUCCUUUGUUGAUGAGAAUGGCAGGCCUUUUUCAGGCUCAUCCACAACUGCACCCACAGGCUCGAUUGGCAAGAACGCACUUUACCCAGCACGGCUUAAUCCGGUCGACAAGCAGCUUUCCUGCAGGCGAACGAAAGAUAUUGUGUACCUCAACCUUGCCGAUAGCCUUUAUAGGCGGACCCAGAGGGGCUUCUAG